AUGAUGUAUCCAAAUCUCGGGUCCCUUCUCGGCCUCGGGGCCCUUUUCUGUCUUGCGUCCGCCUCUUUCGAAGGCAACCUCAACUACCAAUCCCCAUCCCCCCGCUCGUCACACGUCAACCUCGGCCUCUCCCUCCCCCUUAUCACUUCCCGCACGUUGAAACGCUCGUCCAUGGCUUAUCAACCCUCGGAGCUGAACUUUACCCACGGAGUCGCUUCGGGAGACCCUUAUCCCAACUCCGUGAUUCUCUGGACUCGCGUAGCGCCCACUGCUGAGUCGGAUAGGAGUAAUGUAACCGUGGCGGGGACGGUCGAGCUCUACAGCCAUGAAACGGAGAAGUACGUCAAGGCAAAUGCGAAUCCUAUUUGUAUCGAGUGGAAGGUAUGGGAGUUGCAGAAAGGAUACAACGUGAAUGUGGAGGGCCCACUAAGACGCAGCGGGAAGGCGUACACAACGAGUGAUAUUGACUUCACAGUCAAGGUCGAAGCUCACGGCUUGAAGCCUUGGACGCUUUACAACUACCAGUUCAACGUCUGCGGCUCCAACAACUCUAGCCCUGUGGGAAGAACAAAGACUGCUCCGGCCGAGAAUGACGAGGUCGACGAGGUCAAGCUAGCUGUGUUCUCUUGCUCAAACCAUGCCAAGGGCUUCUUCAACGUUUACGGCAAUGCUGCCCGGAAAGGCAAGCAUGACUAUGUGGUCCAUCUCGGCGACUACAUCUAUGAAGAUGCGUCAAGCGGUCCGAGAGCACACAAGCCCGCAAACAAGCUGUUCACCCUGUACGACUAUCGGACACGCCAUGGACAGUACCGAACAGACAACGACCUGCAGCUUUUGGCCCAGAACUAUCCGUGGAUUCCCACCUGGGAUGAUCACGAAUUUGCCAACAAUGGCUACCGGGACGGCUUCUCCGCGCUUAACAACACCGAAGCCUCCUUCAGGAAUGACGGUCCCUCCAUCAGUGUCGAUACGCGCAAGAUCAACGCUGUGCGCGCCUACUUUGAGUGGAUGCCGAUCCGCCAGGUAGACCUCGACGAUAACUUGCGAAUCUGGCGCAACUUCAAGAUGGGCAAGCUGUUGGAUCUUAUCGUCAUCGAUACUCGUAACUACGAUCGAAGUAUCACCAGUACAGGGAACAAUGAUGCCUAUAUCGAGGCGAUUAGGGAUGAUCCUUCGAGAACGCUAAUGGGAGGCCGCCAAGAGAAGUGGUUCUUUAGGCAGUUGAGCGAAAGUAAGCAGAGAGCGGCAACGUGGAGAGUGGUGGGGAACCAGAUCGUGUUUUCGAGGAUUCUUGACUCCAAAGGAGAACUGACAGGGACCGAUAACUGGAGUGUAAGCGUCUCUUCUCUUCUAUCGAACUUCAACUGCCUCUAA